GCAGGAUGGACUCCUUGCCUUUCCUUGUCCUUGGAGCUCCCCUGGCGGUGUUAGGUCAUAUUUAGCCCCGAUUUUGGAGAUGUGGCCCAUCUUAACCUGGAGCCCUUUCUCAGACUCUGCUCCAUUCAUGACUCAGGCAUUCACCAAGUAGUAAAGUGUGACUAUAAUUAGUACAAUUAACAUACAGAUAUAGGACAUUCAUGCUUAUGUGCCCAGUGAUUCCCAAGGCCUGAAAAAUUGAAGGAAGGCUUUCAGAAGAAAGCUCUUUUCAGAGUUGCCUGAGCUGCCUCUGAUGGACUUGGCAAGUUGAAGAACUGAGAGAAAGUCUUCCAGUGGGAGUGUGACAGCAAGUCUAGUACAUAUCAGAGACUGGGUGACUGGGCAGGCUGUCCCUCACUAUUUGGAAAGCUUGGAACAGCCAGUGGCCUUUGGUCAUCAGUUUUCUUUGUGUAGAGGUGAGGAUGCAGACCUGCUGUCUGCUUGGGAAUCACGGAUACAUUUAGUUUGGCCAGCCCCAUGCUUUAUAUUUAAAUGAGUUUUCCACACCUAAAAAUUGGAAGAUUAUAUCUGAAGGUCUGGAUUGCCAACCUCUUUGAGAAAAGAUUCCAGAGUCCACCCUUUUGGUGGAUGACAAGUCUGGAUUGCCAACCUCUUUGAGAAAAGAUUCCAGAGUCCACCCUUUUGGUGGAUGACAAGUAGCUGAAGCCAAACAGUGUCUCCACAGUGCAGUCAUGCCUUCACCCCCUGACCAUGGCUGAAGAGUCUGCCUCACUCAUUUUCCUGGCCUGUGAAGGUUUUGCCUUUACCUGCUCUGAGCCAGAUUCAGCCAGAAUCUACAAAGGCAUUAAUGGCCUUCAGGGAUGUGGCUGUGGCCUUCACCCAGAAGGAGUGGAGGCUACUGAGUCCUGCUCAGAGGACCCUGUAUCGGGAUGUAAUGCUGGAGAACUACAGCCACUUGGUGUCGCUGGGAAUUGCCUUUUCCAAACCCAAACUCAUCACCCAGCUGGAGCAAGGGGAUGAGCCCUGGAGAGAGGAGAGCGAAUGUCUUCUGGACCUUUGUCCAGCAGAACCAGGAACAGAAUUCCAGCCAUGUGUCCAUUCCUGCCCGGUGGCCUUUUCCAGUCCACAGUUCCUUCAACAGUACGUGCUGUGCGGUCACCUUCCUCAGAUCUUCCCAAGCUCAUAUGCAGGAAGCCCCAUCUCAACGGAAGCUCCAAGCUGCUCAAGUGAACAAGGAGAUGAGGAAGAGAUAGAAGGGAGACUUGAGCUGAGUGGGGUUUCCCGGGUGCUCUUCAGAUCCUCUCAGGGUCGGCCAGUAGACUGGGUGGAAGGCAAAAGAGCUGGGGGAGUAGGCCAGGGGAUGUGUCCUGAAGAAGCAGACCUUUCAGCAUCUGGAGCAGCCAUGUGUGGGAAAUACAGACUGGGACUUGGUCCCAAAUCCAGUCUCUUAAGCCUCCAGAAACAUCACGUAUGUCCUGAAUGUGGCAGAGGCUUCUGCCAGAGGUCAGACCUCACCAAGCACCAAAGGACACACUCAGGAGAAAAGCCUUACAGCUGUAGGGAGUGCGGGCGAGGCUUUGGCCGCAAGUCCUCCCUCACCAUCCACCAGAGGAAACACUCAGGGGAGAAGCCUUAUGUGUGUCGGGAGUGUGGCCGCCACUUCAGGUACACAUCCUCACUUACCAACCACAAGAGGAUACACUCUGGGGAGAGGCCCUUCGAAUGUCAGGAAUGUGGGCGAGGCUUUCGCCAAAAGAUCGCCCUGAUCCUGCACCAGAGGACACACUUGGAGGAGAAGCCCUUUGUGUGUCCCGAGUGUGGGAGAGGCUUUUGCCAGAAGGCAUCGCUCCUCCAACACCGAAGCUCACAUUCGAGUGAAAGACCCUUCUUGUGCCUUGAGUGUGGGCGUGGUUUCAGGCAGCAGGCACUGCUCCUCAGUCACCAAGUCACACACUCAGGGGAGAAGCCUUAUAUCUGUGCUGAAUGUGGGCAUGGCUUUCGCCAGAAGGUCACCCUUGUCAGACACCAGAGGACACACACAGGGGAGAAGCCUUACCUGUGCCCUGAGUGUGGCCGGGGCUUUAGCCAGAAGGUCUCCCUCAUGGGACACCAGAGGACACAUACAGGGGAGAGGCCUUACCUGUGCCCUGAGUGUGGGCGUGGCUUUGGCCAGAAGGUUACCCUCAUCAGACACCAGAGGACACAUACAGGGGAGAAGCCUUACCUGUGCCCGGAGUGUGGACGUACCUUUGGCUUCAAGUCGCUUCUCACCAGACACCAGAGGACACACUCAGGGGAGGCGACUGAUGUGUACAGAGUGUGUGAGCAAGGACUGGGCCAGAAGUCUCACUUCACCUCUGACCAGAGGACACACUCAGGGGAGAAGCCGUGCGUGUGCAGUGAGUGUGGGCGUGGCUUCGGGUUCAGGUCGGCCCUCAUCAGACACCAGCGCACCCACUCAGGAGAGAAGCCGUAUGUGUGCAGGGAGUGUGGCCGAGGCUUCAGCCAGAAGUCUCACCUCCACAGACAUAGGAGGACCAAGUCUGGCCAUCGCCUCCCACCUCAAGAGCUGCUCUCCUGACCUUUCCUUUCCUCACGGUUGUGAAGAUGGCAGAAAGCACUAGGAAAUGUUCCACUUUCUUCAAAUGCAGUGGAGGGGAAAAAAAAUGUGUCUUCAAUGAUUGUAAGAUCAUUAAUUUAUGGUUUAUUUUCUGUACUAGCGAUGGCUUUGAUUUGCUAAAGCUGCCAUUAAAAAAACGCAACAAA